AUGGAGACUUUUGAAAAGGGAGUUGCCCCUCCCGCUGAAAAUUUUGAUGGUUCCUCGUUACGAAUUUUAAUAGUACACACACGUUGGAAUUACCGGAUUGUGGAAGCGUUAGUUCGUGGCGCAGAAGAAACCAUGAUUUCGAAAUAUCAUGUACAACCCGAAAAUAUUACUUUACAUUCAGUUGCUGGCUCUUAUGAGCUUCCUUUCACUGCUCAACGUCUAAUUUCGGCUUCUACUAAUACUCUAAAGUUUGACGCAGUCAUUUGUAUUGGGGUUCUAAUCAAAGGUUCUACAAUGCACUUUGAGUAUAUCGCAGAAGCGGUGUCUCAUGGGAUAAUGAGAGUUGGUUUGGAUAGUGGUGUUCCGGUAGUGUUUGGGGUUUUAACUUGCUUGGAUGAUGAACAGGCCUUAGAAAGAGCUGGAUUAGGAGAUAGACCGGGGAAACAUAAUCAUGGGAUUGAUUGGGGUCACUGUGCAGUCGAAUUGGCAUGUAAGAAUCGUAGGUGGAAGGACGGUAUUAUUUGA